GUAGCGCGCGCGCACGGCAGGGGGGUGAUGCAGGAUAUCUUACCGCACCGGUGCCGGGGAGCCAUGAGGGAGCGGGUGGCUCCGUGUCAGCUCGCCCGCUCCUCCCCCAACUCUAACCCCGCCGCUCUUGGUCUGUCUAUUCCCAGAAUGGCCGAGUCACCGGCUGGGCCUAGUAUAGUGUCCGAGCUCUCACCGAACCCGGGGCCUGCAGGCCGCGACCCCUCUCCAGAGCCAGACGAGGAAACGGACGGUCCCAAAAACCUGCACCGCCACCUGCACCAUCACCACCAGUUCAAUGGCCUGCUCAGUCCCGACCUGCGGCACCUCAAGGCCGUAAACCUCAAGCGCCCGGAACAGCCCUGUGGGACACGGACUGCCGCCCCCAAUGGACUGGACAGGUGUCCCGAGGAGGCCCUGAGCACCGAACUAGCCGCCUGUACUCUACGGGAAUCCGCCAGCGCGGAGCUGGACCUGCACAACCACCAUGUGCCCGGGCAGGACGAGGACAACCCCACGCGCUAUGUGCGCUACGAAUCUGAGCUCCAAAUGCCCGAUAUCAUGAGACUGAUCACCCGCGAUCUGUCCGAGCCCUACUCCAUAUAUACCUAUAGAUAUUUCAUUCACAACUGGCCUCAGCUCUGCUUUCUGGCUAUGGUAGGAGAUGAAUACGUAGGGGCCAUUGUUUGCAAGUUGGAUAUGCACAAAAAGAUGUUCCGCAGAGGGUAUAUAGCUAUGUUAGCAGUGGAUUCCAAAUACCGAAGAAAAGGCAUAGGUACAAAUCUGGUAAAGAAAGCUAUUUAUGCCAUGGUUGAAGGGGAUUGUGAUGAGGUUGUGUUGGAAACAGAGAUCACAAACAAAUCUGCAUUGAAACUUUAUGAAAACCUUGGUUUUGUUCGAGAUAAGCGCCUGUUCAGAUACUAUUUAAAUGGAGUAGAUGCACUGCGUCUUAAAUUAUGGCUACGUUAAGAAGUCGCGUGGAAGAACAAGGCCCUCAACAACGUUUGUUCAGGACAUGAUCUCCGUGCAGUUCCUCUGUCCUAUCCCAUUGAGUGUCACACAUUUGUUGCACUAAGGCAUGGCACAUUCAUCCUGACUUCAGAUUGUUCCAACAUCAAGGGGAACUUUAGGUACCAGCAAUAUGUGCCAGGUGUUAGCCAAGACGUAUUCAUUUGCAAAUCUACUGACUGCUACAUUAGAUGAACGUUUGAUCAGAGAACCUUUAUGACAACUAUAAUUUCUUGUUCCCUUGGGGGGGGUUGGGUUGGAAAAAGAAGCCAAUGUAAUUUGUUAAGUCUGUAAAUGUACAAACAUUUCAUACAAACUUUUGCCAUAGUUUUCUGAGGAAGGGGGAAAAUCUCAAUCUUAGGUUUUAUUUUUAAAUAUUGAAUUUUCCUUUCUUUAAAUAUUGGUACCUCAGUGAAUUGUGAAUUAAAAAAAAAAUCCAACGUGUUGUAGGGUGGGUGUAUUACAAUGAGUAAUGGUAAUUAAAUUGCGUCUGCCAGUGCCUGUAUAACAAAGUAUUUGUCGUCACCUCUAGCUAAAGUGCAUGCUUUCCUUUCCCCCCCCCCCUAUUUUGUCUUUGCUAAAAAAAAUGCGUUUUUGCUUUUAUUUAAAUUCUGAUGGUAAAUUAUUUCAGAUUUUUAUAAUUUGGGCGCUCUUUUCAUAUUGAGUGGUGAUCUAUUGAUCCUCACUUUGUUCAAGAAGUGUAAGCUAUUUAGAUAAUAAACUUAAUCACAUAGCUGCUAAAAAGAAAAAAAAAAAAUAGUAUAAUUUAAAUCUAUGCUGGCUGUGGUUGCACUUUUGUUUAGGAGUGAUGGGUUUUAAAGAAGAGUAUUGUAAAUUGGUAUGAUUUUAUUUAAAGACAGUUACUGCUUUAAAAAGAUCUAAAGAACAGCUUUUAUUUUUUAAAAAGAAAGCAAUGAAACCGGUUUUCACUCUAAAUUGAACUGAGAUUUCAGCUUUGCUUCACAUUGUUCUAAAUAUGCUUAAAUCUUAUUCUUGGUCUUGGAAAUAAAUUUUCAAGGUGUUUUCUAACAUGCUCUAUCCGAAUCUUUCUUGCCAGGUCGCUUAAUGAGUCCGGUGGUUUCUCUUGCACACUGGUAUAAGUACAACAUUGAUACCUUUUUUUUUCUUUCUCUUCUUCAGACUAUAUAUAUUUACAUUUACAUUUGCCUUAUCGCUGUUCUAGAAUAUAUGUGUAUAUAUAUAUAUAUAUAUAUAUUCCUAAUGUCCUAGUGUAAUUUUUGUAAAGCAUGUUUUUCCUAAAUGUGUUAAGUAAAUGAAUCUUAUCUAAAAUACACAAAUGCAUCUUCUGCUUAUAAACACCUGUCGGACGUCUAAAGCUGGGUAGAAAAAGAACUUGCUCUCCUUUCGAUAAGCUGGUGCGCACUGUCAGGGGUUAUUCACCCUUAUAAUCUAGUUUAUAAAGAAGGGACAGCUUGCUUGAGAGAAAGUGGAGAAAACGUACUAAGAAAAUUGACGUCCGAAGAUGCAGCAAAGAUGCCAUUAUGGAGAGGUUUAUUUAAAUGUAUUGUUUUUUUAAAACAAAUUUAUAUAUUUAGAACUCAAUGACCACAGUUCGCAAAAGAAAAUAAGGUCAGUAUGGCGGUGCGUAACCAUGAAACGUAUUUGUUGAAAGAAAACAUUGGUUACAGGCCUACCCAUAUAGGGGAAAUCUUUUCCCUAAUUAUGGCCUUUUCUUCUGUACUUGAUUACAAAAAUAAAAUAAAAACUGUAUUGGUGGGUCCUGGGGUCUAUUUAUUAUUGGGCAAAAAGGAUAAUUCUGUUUCUGCUUGUUUUGUGUUGAAGUUUAACUGACCUGUUUCCACUUGAGUCUGUAUUGUAUGUUUGUAUGUUAAAUAAAUCAUGAAUACCAAUUAUUUAAUCAUUUACAGGAAGUGUGCGGUUGCUUCAGUUAGGUUCCUGAAGUUCAGAAUUUCUCAAAUGUACGUGGAAACAUUUCUUUCUAAUUGUGCUGAAAGUGUAAUGGCGGACUGGGUUGUAAAAUAUCAGUAUUCUGUGUUAUUGGACUGUGUUCUGUCUUGCAAUAAAUUAACAUACUAAGUUUA